UCCUGGUUGGAUAUUGAUUCCCUCUCCCUCUCCCUUUUCUCUCUCAAACAAGUACAUCUGCCUUUUAGGGGAGGUUGGCUGUAGGUGGUGUAGUUUGAUGCACAUCUGGUCUGAGCGCUGGACUGAGUACCGUCAGUGCAGAAACACUGGGGUCACGGUAGCCUUUUUGCUUAAUCUUGUGCGGUGCUCAAAUAAUUCAAUGUGAUUUUGUCUCUUGUGAUUUUUGUCAUGAGUUUUGCAAUAUUGGCUUUUCUUAAAGCCGGAGAUCUUGGAGUCAGGGAUUUACAUAAGAAUCUCAACUUUCAUUCUGAAAAAGUUUCUAGCCCUCAUGAUUAUAGAGUAAAAGCUUGAAAUUGUGAACUCUAAAGUCUCAAACAUACCAAAAAAAAAAAAAAAAAAAACCCCAGAAAGCAAAUAAAAAGAACCCAUAUAUUAUUUUUAAAAUGUAAGAUUUUUGAAACCAAUCUUGGCUUUUUAGGAGCCUAUCUAAUGAUUUUUGAUUGCUUGGGCUAGAUAAUACUGCUUCAGAGACAGAGACCGGGAAUGUGUUAAAAGUACAUCUAAAAACCCUUUCAAGGUCAAAGGUGUUUGGUGUAUUUGGAGAAGCAUCCUUUUUUUAUAUAAGGUGUAUUUUUUAAGGUAGUAAGUCAGAGGUGGGCAAACUAUGGCCCGCGGGACCCUCCUGCCUGGCCCCUGAGCCGGGAGGCUCACCCCCAGUCCCUGCCCCACUGUUCCCCCUCCCCCGCAGCCUCAGCUCAUUGCACUGCCGGCGCAAUGCUCUGGGCAGCGCGGCGGGGCUGCGAGCUCCUGGGGCAGCGCAGCUGCAGAGCCCAGCCUGACCCAGUGCUCUGUGCUGCACAGUAAAGGGGCAGGGAGCAGGGCAGGUUGGAUAGAGGGCAGGGGAGUUCGGGGGAGUGGUCGGGGGGUGGGGAACAGAGGGGUUGAAUGGGGGCAGGGGUCAGGGGCAGUCAGGAAUUGGGGGGGUUGGAUGGGGCGGUGGGGGGCAGUCAGGGGACAGGGAGAAGGGGUGGUUGGAUGGGGCAGGAGUCCCAAGGGGGCAGUAAGGAAGGAAAGGGGGGGUUGGAUGGGGCGGCAGGGGUGCAGUCUGGGGCAGGAGUUCCGGGGGCAGUCAGGGGACAGAGAGAACGAGUGGUUGAAUGGGGAAGGAGUCCCGGGGGGGCCGUCAGGGAACAGUGGGGGUUGGAUGGGACAGGAGUCUGGGGGCGGCUAUCAGGGGGCAAGAUGUGUCGGGGGGGCGGAUGGAGGGGCUGGGCCACGUCCCCCUCCCUUAACCAGCCCUCCAUACAAUUUUCGAAACCCGAUGCGGCCCUCAGGCCAAAAAGUUUGCCCACCCCUGUAAUAAGUGUAGCUGUAGCUAUAUUUGUGGCUACCCCUGGGAGGGAGAAGAGGUGGUCUGUUUGCAAAGAUCCACCCACUUUUAUAGUUAGAACAACACGUUCACAGUGGAAGUAGAAGGAAUCUAGGGUCAUGCAACUUCCCAAACUGCUUUUCUCCGUCUUGGGAGGGCCAGCAUCCCAACUUGGUCUAGUUAUGGAUUUUCCAAAUUGUAUAUCACUGGUUGUACAUUAGUUUGAUGUUCCAUCCAUCUGCUUCACACCAGUUCUUUUGGAAGGGGUAGGUGAACCAACAUGAGAGCUGCAGGCCUGAUCUGUCACACAGUGCUCCUACAAUGUAGGAACUGCACACUGGGGACAUCUGCGUGGCCACUCUGUGGAUCUUCAAUAUGCAACAGGGGCUGGGUGGCGGCGAUAACUGCAACGGUGCAAUCUUCUCCCGAGUCUGAGGACAGCUGGAUUUGUUGGCCCUCAGUUUCUGAGACAGCCUUGCCCAGGUGAACACUGGUGUCCCACGCCUCAUUGGCGAAUUACAUCAUUAAACUUUUAAAUAUUGCAACUUCCCAGCCAGUGGCCUGAUGUGAACAGGCGGCGAUGCUCCAACACCCAGGACAGGCUGGUUAGGCAGUGGUGGCAGCCCCAUCCCCCUGCUGGCAGGAGGGGAUGUUGCUGGUCACCCCCAGCCGUAACAGGGCCACCACCAAAGGGUGCAGCCCCCCGGCGUGCCCUGUGCGCUUGGCGCAGGUGCAAAGGUCACAGCGACCCCCUGCCUGGGCGGCCAUGCGACAGCACCUCCACCACCUCGGAAAGACGCCAGUAGGGCGCCUGCGCAGUGAAGGGCCGCUACCUCUCGUUUCCUUUGCCUGCUCAGUAUCAAAAGACCUCACGCUCCUGCGUCUGCGCAGUAGGCGGGGGUUUGUAGCUGCAUGGGGGGAGGGCAGGCAGUUGAUUACACGCAUGCGCAGAGGAGCGGACGCGUGCUGUCGAAGCGUGUCGCGACUAUACGCGAGCUAGCGGCUCCUCGGCCCUGGCUCAUCGAUGGUGUGUUAUUUGCGCCUGCGCAGAGGAGCACGUGCCCGCGUGCCCCGGAAGCACUCCCUGUCCCAGAGCGGCUCCCAGACUCAGGCUGGUGGGAACGGGCCUUGCACACUGCGUUACCGGCCGGUUUCCUGCGCCUCUGCCGCCUUCCCCCCGCCAUGUCCCGAGGCUCCAGCGCCGGCUUCGACCGCCACAUCACUAUCUUCUCCCCCGAGGGCCGCCUCUACCAAGUAGAAUAUGCUUUUAAGGCUAUAAACCAGGGUGGCCUUACAUCAGUAGCUGUUCGUGGGAAAGAUUGUGCAGUAAUUGUAACACAGAAGAAAGUACCUGACAAGUUAUUGGAUUCCAGCACAGUGACUCAUUUAUUCAGAAUUACUGAAACUAUUGGAUGUGUAAUGACAGGAAUGACAGCUGACAGCAGGUCUCAGGUUCAGAGAGCCCGCUACGAGGCUGCUAACUGGAAAUACAAGUAUGGCUAUGAGAUCCCAGUGGAUAUGCUGUGUAAAAGGAUUGCAGAUAUUUCUCAGGUCUACACACAAAAUGCUGAAAUGAGGCCUCUUGGUUGCUGCAUGAUACUGAUUGGUAUUGAUGAAGAACAUGGCCCUCAGGUAUACAAGUGUGAUCCUGCAGGUUACUAUUGUGGGUUCAAGGCCACAGCUGCAGGAGUCAAACAAACAGAGUCAACCAGCUUUCUUGAAAAGAAAGUGAAGAAGAAAUAUGACUGGACGUUUGAACAGACAGUAGAGACAGGUAUAACUUGCCUGUCUACUGUUCUGUCCAUUGAUUUCAAACCUUCGGAACUAGAAGUUGGAGUAGUUACAGUUGAAAACCCUAAAUUCAGGAUCCUUACAGAAGCGGAGAUUGAUACGCACCUCGUAGCUCUAGCAGAGAGAGAUUAACUAGUUUUCCUAGUCGCAUUGACUGCUUCUGGCAAGGAUGUUUGGUAAAAAGAAAACACUUAUUAAUGGCUCUGGAUUAUGGUUUGAAAAUGGAAUGUUAUAUGGUGUAUUUUACUCUGUCCAAAUAAAACAGAGGUUUUUGAAA